CGGUUUUCCAAAGAAAUAGUUGAAUAAUGUGCCGCUUAUAAUAACCAAAGAUGGCGAGAAUGAUAGUGGGGGAUACAAGGUCCUGCGGGUAAAUUGCCGCCAUUGCUUUCAACUGAAACAACAGCAACGGGUCCGUUAUCACCGGUACUUGCAUCUGCUAUGCAGGUACGCAAAUAUCGGUGAUAUAAUAGUGGAAGUAUUCUUCCACGUUAUAGAAUCUCUCCGAGUCCGAGUGGACAAUGGGGUAAUAGACAUGUAUAUAUAUAGGUAGGCAUAUUAUAUAUAUAUUCUUAAUUCUUUUCUCAAGUUUAUGAUUCUCGAUACCGUGUCACUCAUCUACAUAUUACUUCCUUCGCUCUGCCUACUAAAUUAAUAUUCGAAUACACAACAGCUCUUGCACAGUAACCAUGGCAUCUUCUACCACUCCCCAGAUUCUACUUACAGGGGCUACCGGAUUUAUCGGCGGUACUAUCCUAGAUCACUUCAUCAACUCGAAGUCUCCGGCUUUUAGCAACGCCAAUAUUUCUGUACUUCUGCGCGGCGAAGAUCGUGCUGCUAAGCUUACAUCCACCUACGGCUCCCGCGUGAAGCCAAUCUUAUAUAAAGACAUUGACGAUAUUGACGCUACGGUCGCCGCUGCGGCGCAGCACGAUGUCGUCAUUAACACCACCAUCGGCUUUCACCCCUCCUCCAUCCAGGCGGUAGUCCGCGGUCUUGCCCAGCGCAAGGCGGCGACAGGGCGUGACGUGUGGUUAAUUCACACGUCCGGAACUUCCAACUUCUGCGACAAUCCGAUCACGAAGAAGUGGGUGGAGCCGGAAGGCCGCGAGUUCGACGACGCCAAGGAUGACAUCUACGGGUACGAGAAGGACCGCGAGGUGCGAGAGGGUCCGUACCACCAGCGUACCGCGGAGAUGGGCGCCAUAGAUCUAGCUUUGGAGCUUGGCGUAAAGUCGAUAGUUAUCAACAGUGCAACUAUCUAUGGUCGCGGAACCGGUCUAUUCAAUAAGACAAGUGUUCAGGUCCCCCUAUUUGUCCGCGCCGUGCUGGAGCUCAAGAAGGGUAUCUUGCUGGGAGACGGCAAGGGCGUAUGGGAUCACGUGCACGUUGAAGAUCUAGCGGACCUUUACUUACUCAUACUGGAACGCAUAGUAGCGAAGGGUGGCGAGGGCGUGCCUUCGGGGAAGAAGGGUAUCAUCUUCAGCGGUAAUGGUCGACACCAGUGGCUGGACGUGGCGCAGGGCGUAGCUGAUGCGGCCUUCGCGGAGGGUCUGAUCCCGAGCAACAAGUUGGAGAGUCUCACGCUCAAGGAGGCAGCUAAGCAUUUUAUGGAUGGCCAGUUUCCAGAGGAAGUGGUCGAGAAAGCCAUCGUGAGCAACUCGCGGACUGUGUCCUCUGUGGCUAGGAGCUUGGGCUGGAAGCCAACGAGGGGAGAGGAAGCGUGGAAGCGGGGGUUCGUUGAGGAGGUUAAGGCUGAGCUGGAAAACCGCAAAUAGUGGUCGAUAAGGUUAAAAGGGGCUUACUAUUCUAGCAACUGGACAUAUAGAUCUAGAUUAGUGGUUUGGUCCUACCGAUGCUAAUAGUUUAUCCUACUGAAACCGAGUUCUACCGCCACUUCGCCCUCGCAUCUUAAAAGGUAGCGACUUAUUAAAUAACGUAAUGCAAGAAUUUCAAUAUAUAUAGUUCGAGAUCUAGAUAUACAAGCCGUUUGCCUAGA